AUGUCGAUUUUAUAUCGUCCUUUUAUCAGACAUAUUUCUCGAUUUAGACCAAUUACAAUAUUAUCUAGUCGUCAAAUAUCAAUAAAAAGUUCAGUUGAUCCUGAUGAAAUCAACCGAUUUCGUCAAUUAUCGUCAUCAUGGUGGAAUGAAACAGGAGAAUAUGCUGCAUUACAUUCACUUAAUCAACUUCGAGUACCAUUUAUUCGUGAACAACUUCUUCAACCAACAUUAAAAAUAAAAGAUUCUUUAAAACCUUUAAAAAAUCUUCAAUUACUUGAUAUCGGUUGUGGAGGUGGUAUUCUAACUGAACCUUUAGCACGACUGGGUGCUUCAAUAUUAGGUAUCGAUGCUGUUUCAGAAAAUAUAUCAACAGCUCAAUAUCAUGCUGAUCCAUCAUUAAAAGAAAAUCUUAAUUAUAAACAUGUGACACUUGAAGAAUUAUGUGAAAAUGUUGAAUAUAUUGAAAAAUAUGAUGCGAUUAUUGCUUCAGAAGUUAUUGAACAUAUCAAUGAUGUCGAUAGUUUUAUUGGAAAUAUAGGAAGACUACUUAAACCGAAAGGUCUUUGUUUUAUUACAACAUUAAAUCAAACAAUGGCUUCUUAUCUUCUUGGUAUUAUUGCUGCUGAAUAUGUUUUUCGAAUAGUUCCAGUCGGAACACAUACAUGGAAUAAAUUUAUUCGUCCAACAGAUUUAAUCACGUUAUUUGAAAAAAAUGGCUUUUCUGUUGUUCUAAACAAUGGAAUGAUUUAUAAUCCAAUUACAAAUCGAUGGUCAUGGUCAGAAAAUAAAGCUAUUAAUUAUGCAUUAUGUGCAGUAAAAAAUUAG